AUGAAUCCUAAUUUCCUUUCAUAUUGUUAAACUCAAAUCAAAGAAAAUGAAGAGAAUAACUAAAACCCUUAUAAUUUUAAUACAAUUAUAAAUUCUUUUAAUUUUGUUUUUUAAUAUAGCCUUGAUGCAUACAGAAAGUUUUCAGAAAUUCGGCUAAAGUGCAAGAAAUUUGGCUACAAAAUUGUAGUGGAUAGUGAAAUAGUGAGAAUUAGAUCUCAGAAGAGAAAUUUUCGAAUUUAUAUGAAACAUCUUAUGAUCAUUUGGAAGAUGAUAAAUAUUUAAAUACGCUUAUGCGUGGUAUGCUUAACAUUAUCGGGAUGACCCUCGUUAUGUUGAUUAUGCUUUUGAGAUUCCGAAAAUCAGGCAUCAGAUUUUCGAAUCAGAUGUGGAUUGGUAUACAGAAAAUAUUACAAAAGACCUGGAAUAUAGAAAAAAGAAUAACAAUUAUCCUUCGUUUCUUAAACCUGUUUUAGAACGACAUCCAAAAGAAGCCUAACAUACCGCGCUGCCAUUAGCCAUGCAUUAGAACAACUAGAAGCUAUUGCUGCAAAGAUCACCGAAGGGAUUAAAUUUUACCCCAAAAGCAUAUCAAUUAUACUAACUAUUUCUAAUGGAAGUAGAUGUCAAGAGAAGUUACAAAAUUUCCUUUGUCUUUGUUGAGACUUAAAAAGUUAUGGAUUAAGGAUAAGAUGCUGUACCAAUAGUAACAAGAUAAGAAAAUAGUAUUGAAUUUGCUUAUUUAUUAAUUAAUUCGAAAGAGCCCCUUUUUUGA